CAAUAUACAACUUUGACCACAGCAAGCACAAAUAACUCCGGAGUGGACAUGGGUUCAGACCCGGGAGGUGUGGGAGGGACUGACAUGGCAGUAACUAUGGGAUCAAGUAGGUCCACUAGUACACUACCGGAAACGGAAGUCACCGUCAGUGAACCUGAACCAAUCAUAGAGCCUCAUCCAUUCCAAGCUCAGUCAGGCAGCGUCAUCCAGGUCAAAAGAGGUCAACCUGUCAUCAUCGAGAUCUUCGGAGAUGCCGGAGACGUACGUUGGCUGUACGAGGACCAGCCGUUACCGAACACGGACCUGUACGAGCAGACCAGCGACGGAGACGAGUUCCACUCCCUGUACAUCAAGAACGUGACGCGGGACAACCACGGCUGCUACACCUGCCAGGGGCAGACCGAGUUUGGGCUCGUCUGCUGCGACAUCCAUAUACAAGUCGUCAAUUAAAGUCUGUAGGGUCUGUGGCGUAGCGGUAGAGUGCUCGACUCGGAAUCAAGAUGUCCCGGGUUCGAGUCCUGACAUACCACCGAUCUUGUGCCCUUGGGAAAGGCACUUUACACGACUUUCCUCACUUCGCUCUAGUGAAAAUGAGUGUUGUAUUGUCCCCUGUGUUGGUGGCGGCAUUAAUAUAAGUUGAAAAAAACUUGAGUGUGCCGUCACCACGUCUUGUGAUUAGAUGUUGGAAUAUAAAAAAAAAUUAAAGUCAUCCAAUGCAAUUUCAGGCUGGCAAAACUAGGUUUUCAAAGUAAUUUCUCUGGUUAUUCACUGCAAAAAAACCUUAUCUUUAAUCAUACAUUAAAUCAUGGGUGAAGGUUCGGAAUCCUUUUUUUCCAAUUGAGUGAAAAAAGAGAGCCUUUACGCAUGCUUUAACUUGGCCUUAGAGCUCAAAUUUCAUGCAGUGAUUCUUUAAAUGUAGUAAGCGGAAUCAAUCCUAGAGAGAAUUAGAGAGAGAGAGAGAGUUAUCACCUUGUAGAUACAGUACUAUUGUAAUAUGUUCUAGCCUUACUUAUAUUGCCAUCGAAAAAUAGCGGAACAAUGUUGAAUGUAGAUAAAAAGUGUGGCCAACAAUAUGUUGCAGCAAGAUUGAGAACUUUUUUUCCAUUUUCUUAUCUUUUAUAUUGUACGUAACAAAAGAAAAAGAAGCUAUACGCAAUAAUGUAAGAAGAAUUCUGAAUGACAAAAUUGUAUAAUACUAAAUGAUUCUAGAUAGACAAUAUCUAUGGGUGUACCUGUGUAUGGUUUGGAAUAGGGAAAAGUAUAUUGUGGUGCUGUAACCACACCAAAGUUGUGUACUACAAGUCAUGGAUAAAUACAGGCUGGUGAAGGGUAUGUGAGUGUGUACAACCAUGUAGCAUCAUAGUCGCAAAGGGACGAAGCUGGAUGAAGUGAAUGUUAUUUUCUACUACAUUAGUCAAAAUAACAAGCUGCUUUGUACAACACUGUAAUAAUUACCUCCGGGUAGGGAUGUA